AUGAGGCCUAUGACCCUUUCUAGGUGGUUGUUGACCACCGUGUUGGCCUGCCUUCUCGUACAAAAUGCCGUCGCAAUUGAGGUUAACCCCGAGGAUGAAACCUCCGUCAAAGAUGCCGCCAAAACCGUCGCCACCACCAUGAUGAAGUUCUACGAUGAGCGCGACUCGAGAGAUAUUCCGGGUAAAAUGGACGGUACCUGGUGGGAGGGCGGUUCAAUGUUUAUGACCCUCAUCCAGUACUGGUAUUUAACAGGCGACAGCCAGUUCAACGCCGCCAUUCAGGAAGGCAUGUACUGGCAAAAGGGCGAAAACGACUUCUUCCCAAGCAACUACUCUCAAUACCUCGGUAACGACGAUCAAGUGUUCUGGGGAUUAGCAGCGAUAACAGCCGGAGAGCUGAACUUCCCUGAAAAAGACGGCGAAGCCUCGUGGGUUUCCUUGGCCGAGGGUGUCUUCAAUGGACAGGUUCCACGCUGGGAUAUGAACACUUGCGGUGGAGGUCUGCGAUGGCAGAUUUGGCCUUACCAGAAUGGAUAUGGGUUGAAAAAUGCCAUCUCCAACGGUGGCUUGUUCCAGCUGUCAGCGCGCCUGGCACUAUACACCAGGAAUGCAACCUAUGCCGAGUGGGCCGAGAAAAUUUGGGAUUGGAGUCACUCUACGCCGCUGUUGAGGAAAAAUUGGGUUAUCGCCGAUACCACUUCUGUUGCUGCCAAUUGUAAGGAUCACGGUGAUCAUCAAUGGACUUACAACUACGCUACGUAUAUCGCCGGUGCGGGUUAUAUGUAUAACUACACCAACGGCACCGAAAGCAAAUGGCUCGAAGGCAUCUCAGGACUGAUCGGCGCAUCCGAGCAGUUUUUCCCUGAAUCUGGCGGGAAGCAAAUUAUAUCCGACAUCACCUGCGAGCCGAUUAACAAGUGCGAUCGCAAUCAGAAAACCUUCAAGGCAUACUUUACGUCAUGGCUCGGAUUCAUGUCGCUGAUUGUACCGUCCAAUGUCACUGCGGACAUUAUGGGGAGAUUUAAGACCUCCGCUGUCGCCGCCGGUCAACAAUGCUCCGGAGGAAACGAUGGGACGGAUUGUGGAAUUCGCUGGACGAAGAAGACGGAAUGGGAUGGGAGUGCAGGCUUGGAGCAACAGAUGUCCGUUCUGGGUGUUCUCAAUGCUAUCAUGGUCCCGUUCAACGGUCAGGGCCCGUACAAUGCCGACAAUGGUGGAAAGUCCCGAAGUGACCCGCAUGGGGGCACCAAUACAGAGGAUAUGAUGGGGCCUGAGCCUAUCACUACAGGUGAUAGGGUUGGCGCGGGAGUCUUGACUGCGUUCUUUGUUAUACUCUGGGUUGGGUCUAUAUAUUUCAUGCUUCGAGGCCAGUAG